GCCCCAUGCGUUUGCGUCCGUGCCGUUCACGUGCGCAUUAUUUUGGUUUUGGCUUUUUUGGUGCGUCUGCCGUGCCCGUGCCUGGGUACCGUCUGCACGGUUUCGCCACCGUGUGAUCGUCAUCGUGUCGCUGCCAUCAGCGUGCUGUCACUGCCGUCGUCGUCGUCUUCGUCGUCGCCGCUGUUCGCAGGACUUCCAGUGCAAUUAUGACAGUGUCAUAGAAAUAUUGAUUAUACCGUUCACACAGUGCAUUACAAUAAGUGAGUGAAUACAGUGGAAUCAACGUUGCUCUUUCUUUGCACCAGUGAAGUUUGACGGAUUUAUCCACCAAUACACAACAUUACGUACGCCAAACAUAUGGCCAGCGAUUGAAUUACAAAAUUGCAACCAAGUAAACGCCCAAUUAGUGCACAUUUAGUGAUCUAUUGAAAGCUGUAGCAAAGAGUGUUAAUUUGUCUGUGCGUGAGUGUCUGUGUGUGUUUGUGUACAAGUGCUUUCGUGUGCAGGUGCAAAGGGAUGCAAACGAUCCCGGGGCAGCCGUAGUUCGUCGAGCACAGUGUUACGAGUACAACAUCGCCGAUCUUCUGUGUGGUCCUGAAGCACGCGUCCUUUUCCCCCUUCAUUCUCACCGUGCCCUUCCUGUCUGUACAUAGUGCACCCUGCGUUGGAAUGAAAUUUGGAAUUCCCUCAAAAGAACGAUCGCAAAGAUAGAGUUGAUCCUGCCUAGGAUGCUAAGCUUCCUUCUUUCUAUACCACCAACAUCACAACCACCACACCACUUCUAUUCGAUCUUGCUGUCUGUCUUCUUGAUCUUGGUCGGAGCGUCUUGUUUUGGAUUGAAUCUGUACAGAGCAUAACUAUUUUUUUGAUACAUUCACUCCGCCCGUGUGGAAGGGUGAAAGCGGAUCGAAACAUACCAUCUACCUAUGCAAAUAUUCUCUUCCAACUCUUCUAUCAUCGGUCUAUCGUAAAACGAUUUGCGUGAGUACAACCUUUGUCCUGUUUCUAUUGUAAAUCAUUUCAUCUAUUAGACAUUAGCUUCCCUUUUUUACGCUUUGCCAACUUACUAGGUACAUUAGGGCGCAAGCUACUAACAUCGUUUUGGUGACCAAGGAGCGUCAAUGUCAUGAUUCAAAGUUCUAAUAACAUUAAAUCUUUCGUUGUCUCGUACUUCUAACAUUUAUUAUUGCUUAACAGUAAACGUUGUUUUACCUUGGUAGUGUUACCAGUCCUACUAACCUUUAGUUUCCCAUUCUAUCCCACGUAACAGUAGCUAACAACUUUUCCAAGCAUACCGCCAAAAAUAUGACCCUUUUACGUCUUUUGGGGAAUUCUCAAAUUUCUUCCACCGUUUCCACCGGACAUGCAAGUUGGCCGUAACCAAAAAAAAGCUGCCUCAUCGGGCGAUAUAAAACGCACAAAUGUGCAGCCUAUCAUCUGCGUAGUGCAUGCGCAAAUGCUUGUAACAGUGAGUUUGUGAAUAGAUACUUUUACACGUCGCCCCAUCGAGUGCACGUAGUACAGAGCCGGGACCAUGCACGAUCAGCUUCGGAUAUCGGCGGAGAAUCUUCAACGGAGUAUAGCUUGCGAGCCAACGAUCGGAGCCUAGCUCAGAGCACUGAGCAUUACCCGGGUACCCGUGUGGUACCUACGCUACCUUUAGCGCGAGCCAGCCUCGCCUUCAUCUCAAUAAGUGCCGCAGUCUAGUAAUUGCGUUUGAUUUAACUUAAAACAAACAAAAAACACAGUAUCAUCCCUUGGAAGGACUUCAAAAGCUCUUGUUAGCCGGCACGUCAGCAGUGGUGUCAGCAACGGGCGAGCUGCUCUACAACGGAGAGGCGUCCCGGUUCGCGACCAACGCCCAGCACCUGCACCGCCCAGCCCACAUGCACCUCGAGAGCAUGGUCAACUGCAAGAUGAGCUCGCAGAACGAUUCGGUCGAGGUGGAAAGUUUGCUAAUGAGCCCGUGCUGGAACCAGUCCACCAGCGUCUCCGAUCAGUACCUGCUCGACGGUCACAAGCUGCUGCUCGAGGCCGAACUCGACUCGCUGCCGAGCGAUGGCGAAACGCAGAAGAGCUCGAUGGACGUGCUGGAGAACCUGCUGCUCAACUCGGCCGCCUCCAUCACAAGCAACGGGGCGAACGGACACGGCCACGGCCACGGCCACCAGAACGGACACAUUGGGGGCGGCGGUCUCGGCAGCGGUGACGUGAAGCCGCUACCCUCCUUUACCUCCUUCAACACGGGCCACCUGUCGAUCAACGGGAUCUCGGGCUACCACUACACGGCGAUUGCCCAGCGCUUGCCGGAAGAGAACAACAACUACACGCAGAACACGUACGCGAAUGCGGCCACGAGCGGGACGAACGGCCACCUCGGUGGCAGCAGUGGGAACACGAACGGCAAUGGUGGAGCGCCCGGCACCGGCAACAGCGUCGGUUCGACCGGCAGCGACAACAACAUCGUGUCUUCCACGUCCACCUGCCUGCCCGACUCGGUGCUCAACCCGGACGGCACGAGUGCGGACAACGGGGGCUCGCAGACGUGCAGCCUGGCCGACGUGAAGCUGUUCUCGGACGGCUCGCUGGACGGUGCCAAAAUCUACAGCGCACCCGCCGACAGCUGCGUCAUGAACGGGGCCGACUCGGUGUCGGGCGCGCGGAUAUUCGUCGACACGAAGGAGCUGUCCGAGUACGACAUGAGCUCGAUCGAGGACAUUGCGGCGAUCAUCGGGUCGGCGAUCGCCGACACGACCGUGCCGAGCAGCAAGGUGGAGAAGGAGGACGGCAACGACACGCGCGACUCCUGGAUGGAUCUGGACGCGUGGAUCGAGGGCACCUGCAACGGUGUGCCGGACGGGGGCAAGCUGAUCGUCACGCAGCAGGACUCGCUCAGCGAGCUGAUCCUGCCGAACUCGCCCGUCCACACGUCCACCGGUACCAGCUCCACCCUGCAGAGCCUGCUGACGCACGGCUACAUGCCGCUGCUCCAGAACCGGCUGCAGCACGGGCCGCCGAUCAAGCUGGAAGCGCCCAGCUCGACGUCCUACUGUGGCGAGCUCAUCUCCACCUCCACUAGUCCACCCGGGUCGGUCGUCUCGACCUCCACCGACAAUCUCAUACUCAACGGCCGGUACCUGCAGCAGACCGGGCACCAUCACCAUCAGAACGGGCACACGCACUUCGGGCUCGGCUCGAUCGGAUCGACGCUCGGCAAACCGGACGGCCUGUGCAGUCCCGAGCUGGGGCUCGGCAACUAUCCCCACACCACCACCACCACCUCCACGUCCUCCUCGAGCGCCAGCAACUCCCCGACGACACCAAAAAGCAAGCGACGAACCCACAAGCAGCAGUCGAAGCAGCCGGGCAGCACGCUCGUACCGACGCCCGCCGGUGGCCUAUCCGCCCAACAGCAGCAGCAGCAGCAGCAGCAGCAACAGCACCAGCAACAACAUCAUCAACAGCAGCAGCAGCAGCAACAACAUCAUCAACAACAACACCACCAACAGCAGCACCAGCAACAGCCACAGCAGCACCAGCAUCAGCUCAACGCUCAGUCGCAGCAGGCCGCAGCGCUCAGCUUCCAGGCGGCGAACGAUCUCAGCGGGCUUCUCGGCAAGGAGAAACCGGUCCACCGGUGCAACAUCUGCAACCGGGGCUUCCUGAACAAGAGCAACAUCAAGGUGCACCUGCGGACGCACACGGGCGAGAAACCGUUCCGGUGCGAGGUCUGCGCGAAAGCGUUCCGGCAGAAGGCGCACCUGAUCAAGCACCAGCAGAUCCACAAGCGGAUCGGGCGCGAUUGACCAUCGGAGACGGUGACGGUGCAGCCGAGAAGCUCGUCGGGCUCGCGCAGAAGCAAACGGCGAUCCGGCGAGUCCGAGUGUGGCACCGUUGCCGGCGCCUAUCGUACCGACGGCGAUGGGCACAGCCUUCCCACCGAGCUGGAACUGGAGCUGGAGCUGGAGCUGGAACAGGAUGCGGCAGGCCAGCAUCGGUUCCAUCGACCGUUCGUACCGUUCGUGUGAGAGGACAGCAUAGAGUGGUUCCACGCUGGGUGAGGUUCUCUUGCAGGGGGCUAGAAGCGCACUGUGCAGCACUGUGUCAAAGAAACAAAAACAAAACACUCGUACCUCAGGAGAUUAGUGAUGUAGUUUGCUGGGAGGAGCGAGCCCAGCAGAGGUUGUUCCUCUGUUUUGGCGGUUGAAAAGCGAGAGCAGCCAAGGUUCCGGGCGUGUACAUAUAGCAAAGGGUGGACGGCUCGUGAUGGACAGCAACACUGCCAGCAUAACUGCUGGUGACACUCAAGCGAAAAUUUAUUUAUUUCCCCUCUGGAUUUGCGGUUUUCUAGAGGACGCUGGAGUUUGGUCGCCUAAUGCUGCUAGCGUUACGCAAGAUUGAUUAAUUAUUAACUGCUGUCGAUGAGUUUUGGCGUGACAGUACGCAAACACGAUAGCGCGUUUAGUGCACGAUCACGAGCAUCACGGCAAUCAAAGGUUGGUGGAUGUAAUUUAUAUCUAGAACUCUAGAAAUGUAUGCUACAAAACUAAGCUAGCUAUUUAUUGAUUAACUCUUGAACAUUUGGUUAAAGGGUGAUCUGUAGGGUGUGCUCGCUGGCUGCACCUUUAUUACAAUAACAGAGAACUAUCGAACGAAAGGAACAGGAUAACACACGCACACAUCUAUUAAGCUCAUAGUGAGGUCACACUGCGGAAGAAGAAGAACUAGAGUGCUCAAGAGUGACCCAGUGCAGAUUCGGGAAGGUGCGAAAGAUGUGUUAUUGUUAUUGACUUUUUAGAUAUUUGUUUUGUUGUACCCGACCCUUCCCGCAUCUUGUCACUUCGGGCUCACUGGCAGCAGCGCAGUUCUUCCCUCCGAAGCCCUUCGUUUCUUUGUUCAAACAUUUAUUCCAAAAACAAAAUAAACAAAAUGCUCUUACUACUUACGACGGAAGGAUUAUGUAGGGUACGUCUUAAGUUUCUAUUUGCCUUAAGUAUGCGUCGCCGAAAACAGGAACCCGAACGCUGUCAGUACCUUCGCUUAGUAAUAAUUGUAAAGAAGCGGUAGGGAGGAUGCAAAUAAACGCCUCACCCACAAUCACAACAGAUCGUCGUCUUCCUUGUAGUUGUAGCAGAAAGCAGCUAGUAGAAAGCAAACGUUGAGCAAAACAGUCGUUACUGUUCACCCUCUCCAAAGCGCAACGAAGAGUGCUGCGCGCGUGUGUAAAGCUAACGUUAGUGUAAUUAGUAGUAGAUAAAGUAAUUGUAAAGCAAUGCUUACUAGGGCAGUAUUGUCUUUAAUGGAAUAAAACAAAAUCAAACAGUUUAUUGAUAGAAAGCCUACACAAACUAUCCGCACCAACACGAACCACCACCUGCUUUUCGAAGUGAUCGAUGCUUCGGGCGGCCAUAUACAUUUCAUCAUUUAAGCACGCCUACAGGCAGGCGACUCGGUCAGGUAAGGUACCGAAAACUCCACGUGUUUAGUAGACCGCUAGCACCUAACAGCAACGACGACAACAACAAAACCUGGGACAUGGGAAUUAAAAUACGAUCGGGUUAAACAAUAAUCAUCCACUAGCAAGUAAGUGUGAGUGUGUGUGUGCAUGGAUGUGCGACAGCUACCGACCGGCAACAAACUGGCACGGCAAUUGUGUAGCGAGAAAGUGUAGAAUCGAAGGAUAGUAGAAGAAGAAAAAAACAUGUGCAAUUUUUAACUUUAAUCAUAUCCACUUCUCAAGUAGGUGUGCGAUUACGUUACGUUAGUUUCUUAUAACGUUCUUCUUUCUUUUCCUAUUCCAAAUUGGAUCGUACCGGCUGCUCUUUAGGCAAAAUCUAUCAAUUCAACUAUCGGGGAGCUAGUGAACUAGUAAAAUGCUUUUUUCCAUUUUUUUUCCUUUUUCACUCUCAAUCUGUUCGGCUGUCGUUUCUAACGUUAUUCUAAUAUUAUGAAAGUAUUGUAAAAUAAAACAACACAUAUAAUAACACACACACACGCAACACAACAACAUACUUAAGUACACACAAACACAAGCCUAGAAAGCUUCAAGCUUGAGAUAAACGACGAUGUCGAAUGUAAAGGUGUAAAGCAGCUCGCGCGUGGCAGAGUAGCGUUUAAGCCAGACAUUGUUAACUUAGUAAGCAAUUCUUCCGACCACCCUUCUCGAGCGGAAAAGGGAAAACUCAUCUAUAUAAAUGUAUUAAUAUGGUCACGCAUAAAGAUGAAGAAAUAAAACUCAAUCUUACCU